AAGCUUCUUCCCCCACUCCACGCUUGUGAAGCAAAAAACCCAUUCGAUUCCCUGAAGCAAUUCAAAUCUUCAAACCCCGAAAAUGGCAGCCUCGAAAUCGAACCUCCGAAGCUCUUGUUCCUUCCCAAAUCUUCUCCUCUCAUGUCUGAACUUCACUCUCUUCAUCCUCUCCGUCACCUCUCUGGUUCCCACCGUCCUCCUCCGAACGCCCCCAACUUCAAUGGGCAUGGCGUUCCUAAUGAUUUCCGGCAUCUCGAUUCUCUCCUCCUUUGUAGGUUUCUACUCUCAGCUCACCCAUCUCUGCUUCAUAACCCACGUUUCUCUCCUCCUCGCCUCGCUGGUCGCACAGCUGCUCGGCACACUGGCAUUGUUCACCAAAGAGCGCAGCACCAUGUCGUUGAUCAAGUCACCACGGGACCCGAGAGAGGCCAAGCUGUUGGUGAGGUUGGAAUGCGGGGUUCUGAUGGCGAUGCUGAUGAUGCAGGUGUUGGUGUUGGUGAUGAGCUGCGUGGUGCAGAGCUGCUGGGUGAGGGAGUAUGAAGGGUUGGAAGCCGAGAGGGAGGCGAUGACGAAGAAGAGGAGCCGGCGGAUCGCAAAAGUUCAGGAGGAGUCCAUGGAAAAUGCUGCAAAAAUAGCUGAGGUGAAGGCCAGGGAGCUGGAUGAGAAGAUGAAGAACAAGUAUGGGCAGUGGGUCAAGACUUCUGAGUUUGAAGGCUAAGGGGGUAAUUUCAAAGUUGGGUAUAGCAAAGCAAGCAUUUGAAUGGUCGGUGUAUUUUUGGUCAUUUAGUUUUGGGGUCACUAGGGUUUAUGUAAUGUAAAGCUUAUGACUUGUGAGUGUUAUUAAUUUAUGAUUCGUGGCCGUUUGUUUA